AUGCAGGUUCUGCUGGUAAAGGAGAAAGUUGCCGCCGCCAAAGACGUCGAUCCACUGCAAUUGAAGUUCGUCUACUCAGGCAAAGUGCUUCAAGAUGAGAAGCCAUUGCUGGACUUCAAAAUCAAGGAAGGCGACUCCAUUAUUUACAUGGUGGGUAAGAAGAAGACUCCUACUCCCCAGCCUCCUGCUGGACAGGCUCCUACCGAGGGUGUUGCCGCCGGUAAGUCUGACGAGGCCAAGCAGUCUGAGUCUACUGCUAAAGCCAACCCUGUUAGUAGUACUGAGCUGACUAACAUUUCUACUGCUGGGGAAACCGGUAGUGGUAGCGGUACUGGUUCUUCUGCUGCUGACUUCAGUUCAGGCUCUGAGAGAGAGGCUGCCAUUCAGAAUAUGUUGGAAAUGGGCUACGAACGUCCUCAGAUCGAGCAGGCCUUGCGUGCUGCUUUCAACAACCCUCAUAGAGCUGUAGAGUACUUGCUUACAGGUAUUCCAGAGUCAUUGGCUCAGCCAGCACAGCCAGCCCAGGCUUCCGAGGGUGCCCAAGCUGCUCCAGCUGCCCCAGCUGCCCCUGCUGCCGAGGCUGACGUUUCUCGUGAUGAAGAUGCUGACACUCACGAAAACUUGUUCGAGGCUGCCGAAGCUGCUGCUGCCGGUGAGCGUGGUGCCGAAGCUCCAGAGGAAGCCAACCUUGACGACCACAGUAGUCAAUUGGCUACUCUUAGAGCUGCUCUCCAGAACAAUCCCGAAUUGAUCCAGCCAAUGUUGGACCAGCUUGCUGCUUCUAACCCACAAAUCGCCGAAAUGAUCGAGCAGGACCCAGAGGGAUUCAUGAGACAUUUCUUGGGUAAUGGAGAUGAAGACUUCGAGAUCGAGGGCGAAGGUGCUGAGGGCGAGCAGGAACCAGGCACUGUCCGUAUUGCAUUGACUGAACAAGAUGAGAGCGCUAUCAACAGGUUAUGCGAGUUGGGCUUUGAGCGUAACUUGGUUAUCCAGGUCUACAUGGCAUGCGACAAGAACGAGGAGGUCACUGCCGACAUCUUGUUCCGUGACUCAUAG